UGCUCAGCAUCCUCGGCAAGGCGAUGCGACUCUGACCCCUGGCAACCUGCUGCAGCCAUCGCAAACAUGGGCAGGAGCCAGGGUGCCUGGAGGCGGCAGGUGGUCAAAGCCCGUCCCAAAGCUCCGGCGGCCGGCAGCUCUAUCCCCAGCUUGCAGCCCCUGCCUGCAUGGAUGAGACUGUACUUCUACGGCAUGCACGGCCUGACACUGGAUGUAGUGACCUCCUGUGUCCGGCGCUUCCCUAACAGCCAGGACUACAGCCUGCUGGGCUUCUCUUCUCCCUACCGCUGCCUGCUGCACGCCAUCACGCACUUCGCCCUGGAGAAGAUCUAUCUCCAGAGGAAGAGCUUCCCGGACAGUGCCCUGGCUUUCCACUUCGUCUUUUAUCCGUCGGUGUUCGUGGGCCUGCAGAUCCUGUUGAGGAAGACGUUGCUGCAGUGCUGUCCGCAGGAGCGGGCAUUCAGCGCGGCCGAGCUGGGGCUGCAGUACGCGCUGGCGGUCUAUCACUCACAGGUCUUCCUCAGGACCUUCCUGCGGCUGCAGUACCAGCAGGGCUGGGAGGGGCAGACGGCGCACUGCGCCAGUGCCAGCGGGGUCAGUGCUGGACGCAGGCUGUCAGUGUUCCUGCGCUUCAUUUUCUUCGGUAUGCACGGCUUCCUGGACGAGGUCCUCUUCACCUCCGUCUUCAACGUGCUGGAGAAGCCGGGCAGCCCAAUGAGCGGACACACGUCCCUGUGGUCCUUCUUUAUGUACGGGAGCUGCAGCCUGGUGGUGGAGAAGCUCUACUUUUACCUGUGCUACACCAGAGGAUGGGGACCCUGGAAGCGUCUCCCGGUCUACAUUCUCUUUGUCUACACAUGGGAGUUCUCCUGGGGCAUAGGGUUACGCACCUGCAACGCUUGUUCGUGGGAUUACUCUCAUUAUCCACUGAAUUUCAUGGGCCUGGUGACCCUUAUGUAUUUACCUGGAUGGGUGUUUCUUAGCUUUUACCAAGACUUGCUGUCUAAGAUGCUGCUGCGAGUAUGCUAUGUGUAGGUGAGGAGUGCAGCUCCUGAGCUGGGGUAUCUGGACCCAUAUGGGCAUUUA